AUGCAGGACGCCUCCGCUCCCGUCACCAUUCGUACUCGCAAGUUCAUCACAAACCGCCUCCUUGCCCGUCGUCAGUUUGUUGUCGACGUCCUCCAUCCAUCACGGCCAAACGUCCCCAAGUCCGAGCUCUCUGAGAAGCUUGCCGUCAUCUACAAGACCGAGAAGGACCGUGUCGUUACUUUCGGUUUCAGGACACACUUUGGUGGUGGACGCAGCACUGGUUUUGCUCUGAUCUACGACGAUGAGGCUUCGCAGAGGAAGUUCGAGCCCAGGUACCGCCUAGUCAGGGCUGGUCUUGCGACCAAGGUCGAGAAGGCCUCCCGUAAGCUGAGGAAGGAGCGCAAGAACCGCUCGAAGAAGUUCCGUGGCACCAAAAAGGUCAAGGCUGCCGAGCCACAGAAGAAAGGCAAAUAG